CCCCAAGUCCCAACUAAUAUAUAUAUCAACUUGCAAACCAAGCCUGAUUCAAUUCCAUUACAAAUUAAAUCACCUCCUUUCAAAGCUUUUCUAUACAUUCAUGGCUUCAUCUCUUGCUGCUCCAAAUGCUUCUGCAAAUAACGAAAUUCAUUGCCAAGCAGAAGGAAUGGAUUUAGAUCAUCAUCAUGACGGAAACGUUCUUCGAAAGCAUGUUGCUUUCUUUGAUCAGAAUAACGAUGGAAUCAUCUACCCCUGGGAGACUUUCAGAGGAUUCCGCGAAAUUGGGUGCGGUAUUCUGUUGUCCUCCGUUGCUGCACUUUUCAUUAACAUGGGCCUCAGCGCCAAAACUCGUCCUGGAAAAAGUUUCUCUCUGUUAUUUCCGAUAGAGAUAAAGAACAUUCAAAUGGCAAAGCAUGGGAGCGACAGUGGUGUCUACGACACUGAAGGAAGGUUCGUCAAUUCAAAGUUUGAGGAGAUCUUCGCCAAGCACGCAAACUCAAAUUCUUCAGCAUUAACUUCCGAUGAGCUGACGGGAUUGCUUAAAUCCAACAGGGAACCAAAGGACUACAAAGGAUGGCUUGCGAGUUAUACAGAAUGGAAGAUGUUAUACAUCCUCUGCAAGGAUGAAAAUGGAUUAUUACAUAAAGAUGCAGUGAGAGGCGUAUAUGAUGGAAGCUUGUUCGAACGUAUGGCCAAGAUGAGAGAGCUUCAAUUGUCCAACAAGAAAUCAGCUUGAAGUCUCAUCUACGUUGUUACGCUGGAAAGCUCUAAUGUUAGACUUCUGCAUAUUGGGUUCUUGUGAUUGAUAUCUAUAAGUUACACACUUGUAUAUUUGAAUUAAUUUGAAUGAUAAACAUUUGGCUAUGAUCA